GGGGCGUGUCCAGGCGGGCGCCUGCGCAGUGCGGCCGGAAUGUAUCAAACUCUGGCCAAUGUAUCAAUCCUGAGAGUGGGGGCCGCGUUGAAAUUGACUGAACAUGGAGCUCUACCUGAGGGACUGCAGAGGUGCUUUGGAGAGGGGAGCUCCCACCGUACAUGUCGUCCUGGGAAAUGAAGCUUGUGAUCUGGACUCCAUGGUUUCCGCCAUCACGUUUGCCUACUUCCUGAGCAAGACCGCCCCGGAGCAGAAGGCCAUCUUCCUGCCCGUCUUGAAUAUUCCACGCUCUGAAUUUCCUCUGCGGGGAGAGUGUACGUUCCUCCUACGGGAGAGCCAUCUCUCCGAGGACCUGUUGGUGUUCCGGGAUGAGAUCGAUCUGCACGCCCUCCACAAGGAUGGUCAACUCGCCCUCACCCUGGUUGACCACAACGUCCUGCCCAGAGGUGACUCGGCUCUGGAGGAGGUGGUGAAGGAGGUGGUGGACCACCGGCGUCUGGAACGCCCCCUGGCCCCUAGCCUUGUGGUGACCGCCGAGCCCGUGGGGUCCUGCACAACCUUGGUGACGGAGCGGAUCGUCCGAACAGCGCCCGACAUUCUGGACAGGCAGCUUGCUUACGUCCUGCGCUGUACCAUUCUUCUGGACUGCAUUAACAUGGCGCCCGAAGCCGGGAAAGUGACACCAAAGGACACAGAAUACGUCACCGCCUUGGAAUCGAGGUUUAGCGACCUCCCGCCCAGGGCUGUCGUGUUUGAUACGCUGCAGAAAGCCAAGUUCGAUGUCAGCGGGCUGACUAUUGAGCAGAUGCUGAGGAAGGACCUGAAGGUCUUGUCUGGAGAGGAUAUCCUUUUGGCCAUCAGCGCUGUCUACCUGAGAUUAGAG